UGGACAACACGGAAGUGCUGAUGCCUGGAAGACCUUAGUGCACGAGAAGGUUGUUGUGCGGCGAGGGAACAGGGGGAAACACUUUACCAAGACCCUCAGCCGUCGGAGUGGGACGGAGUGAUUACAAAUCGGACAAUGAGCUGAAGUUGCGCUCCUCUCUACUCCUCCAUGAUGAACGACAAGCUGCUCUUCCUCGGCCUGCUGUACUUCGUGCAGGGCAUCCCGUACGGUUUGCAGUCCUCACUCCUUCCCGUCUACCUUCGUGGUGCUGGUCAGUCGCUCACCCGCAUCUCCCUCGCCAAGGUGCUUUACUUCCCCUGGGUGCUCAAGGUGUUAUGGGCGCCCCUAGUGGACCGGGCGGGAAGCAAGCGGUGCUGGUUGGUGUCGACGGUCGGCGGAAUGGCGCUCGUGUGUCUUGCGGGCGCAACGCUGUCGCCCGAGAUCCAGCAAGGUGGGGUAGCGGGGAUUCUUUUGGCCAUGAAUGCACUUGUGUCGGUGCAGGACGUGGCGGUGGACGGUGCAGCCGUGAGGUUGCUGCGUGGUUCCUCCGAGCUCGGCCUGGGCAACACGGCGCAGGUGGUGGGCUACAAAGCAGGCUCGGUGUUCGCCGGGGGUGGCCUGCUUGCCGUCAUUGAUGUAGUGGGAUGGGGAUGGACGUUUAUAUUGCUGUCUUGUGUGUACGGAGGGGUGGCAUUGUUUGUGUGCGGUGUGAACGUCCUGGACGGUGAAACGGCACGGGCACCAGGAGAGGCCCGGAGGGCCACGAGGGACACAGCGAGACCGUGGGCAAUUUGGAGGAAAGUGAUGGAUGUGCCUGGGACGCCGUGGACCAUGCUGUACGUGCUAACUUAUAAGCUAGGUGAGCAGGGAGCCAUCACCAUGUUCCCCCUCUUCCUGUUGGAUCAUCACAUGACGGCGCGAGAGCUCGGCCUGUGGAACAGCGUGGUCGCCAUGGGCUUCUCCAUUUGCGGCUCUUCUCUCGGAGGAUUCUUACUUUCAAAAUACAGUAUCAGCAUGUUGAUGAGGCGCGUGUUCGUGAUCCGGACCGUCGGGAUGGUGUUCCAGUGCUCGCUACUCACCGUGCUCGAGCCUUCUCCUCUAAUGAAAGGCAUGGCAGUGUUGAGUCUGAGCAUGCAGCACUUCAUCGCAGGCCUCAUCACUACACUCACCUUUACCUGUAUGAUGCACUGCACACAGAGAGCUGAGGAGACCAUCCAGGCGACUCAUUACAGUUUCUUGGCCACGCUGGAGGUGUUGGGAAAGCUGUCCUUCAGCACCCUGGCCGGAGCCAUAGUGGACACAGUGGGCUUCCCUAUCGCCUUCCUCAUCUUCCUCUUCCUCACCUCCAGCAGUGCCCUGCACGUCUGGAGAGCCAUGGACACAGGGGUUUUAAAGGAACCACUCAAAGAACAACCGAAGCACAUCAACCGUUUGGACUUGUGCCAAAGAUUCUAAAUAAAUCUGUCUGUUUAGAACUUUAAAUUGUAGAAUAAAUGCACAAUCUUCUGUCCAAUCCGCAUUAAAUCGUUUAUUUCUAUUGUUGUUUUUUCAUUUGGUUUGUUUUUUUAAACAAGCCACAGUAUCAGUUAACUAAUAAGACCAGAGUCAGAUAAUAAUAAUUAAUAAAUAAAUGAAUAAAUGAAUGGACUAGUAAUCCUUUGCUGGGUUUGUAUCUGUACUGCAGUAUGCCAGAUGACAGCCCUGAGAAUAUAGUGUUCUUUUUUUAUUAUUUUCAAAAAUUCUAUGCAAUAAAUUGAGAUAAAUUAAUUGAUUUAAAUAAAAUAAAAUCCAUAUGAAAUAAAGAAAAGUAGCCUAUAAGCAUUAAUAAAGGAUUAUGGAAAUGAGAGUAAUUAUCAUUCAAACUAUCUGCUCAUUGUUAUGCAAAUGUUGGCAUCAGUAAGUUUGAGAUGUGAUGGUGUCAUUUUAUUUAUUUAUUGUUUAUAUUAUGUAUUACUUACUUUAAUUGUCACAUAUUUACUUAAAGGGUGCAUAGGCUGUGUAGAUGUAACAAUACACUCCUGUCAUGAUUCAAACGGGUUCACAAUACUGCAGUCGUGUAUCGUUACACACCGAAGAGAGGCAUUGAUGCAAAUUUUUAAUGGCCUUGAAUGUGCACAAAAAGCCAACAUCAAAAGGAAAUUCUGAGCAAAAAUGCAAGCUUAAAAAAGUAAGAAAUAAGUUCAGUAGCAUUAUUUAAUACUUAUGUCUGGAGUAAGUGAUUUAGGUGCUACAUUUGAUUGUUUUUUGUUUGAUUUCUUUUUCCCCAUUGCGAUCACUGUAGAGCCAGCACCACAAUGCACAGUGUUUGAUAUACCAGCAUCUCCUUGCACAAACUCUAUAAAUAAAAACCUGCUACUGGUCUUAA